CAGUGAUUGUGCUAUACCCGCGAUGCCUUAGGCUUGUAAGGGCCUCAGAGAUAGACUACCUUUGAGUUGAACGAGUAUGCGACCAAACCGAUGGCGCUGAAUGCUCCUUUCGCAAGUUGUACGUUUCCUAUUACUAUCUUGGGUCGAAGGAUGGGGUUGCCGACGGUCGCGCAGUCCUGAACAGUUCAUGGCGAACAAUAAGGGAGGCCUUGUUGGAAGCUCUCACGCGAAUUCCUCUUCAAGUGCCGUCUCGCGGGAUCGCAAUGGAACCAAUGGAGGUUGUGGAGAAACUGUUGGCGAAGCAGGAUGGAUGUCGUCGACGAAUGUCUUCACCGAUGGGACUCAUAUUUCUCACGAUAAGUUAAUCAUUGACGAGAGCAGCGCGACCGGAGGACGCCCCAAGGCUAUCUUCGGUGCUGCCAUCAUCAAAGAUUUGCGGUGUAUCCGAAAUGCAAUAUGUGAAGAUAAGCCAGAGGACGACAAGUUGGAGGAUAGCAGCCUGGAGGCUCUGCUGUCGAGCCCUGAGUCGGAUGACGAAAGCUCCUGGAUCAGUCAAUUUGUUCGUGCGCCAGGUCACGAAUUCUUCUGCGCCGUGCCAUGUUCUUUCCUGGCAGAAGACUUUAAUUGGUUGGGGCUCCCUCUCGACAUGGCUGCAGUCGACCUCCUCCUUGAGCGCGUCGCGAAAGGCGGCUCAACCAAACGCUGUCGGUCACUACCUCGGGACGAGGCAGCUACCCAACGCAUGUAUGGACUCAUCCAUGCGCGCUUCAUUGUCACACAAAAAGGCUUGCAGGUGAUGCGAGACAAAUUCCAACAAGCACAUUUUGGUCGCUGUCCCCGUCUGGCGUGCUGUGGUCAGCCAGUGCUCCCCCUGGGCAACUCGAACGAGGAAAUCGGCGAAACCGAUCAAAACAAAGGUAAGGUGGUUGAGAAGCGACACAGGAGUGAUGGCGCUAGGGAAUGCGUUAAAAUCUUUUGCCCACGGUGUCGAGAAGUCUAUUGGCCCGCGGACGCAUCCCACCAGCAGCUCAACGGAGCCUACUGGGGGCCAACGUUCGCCCAUCUUUUCCUGUUGGCAUUCCCGGAGCUGAACCUGGAAGCAGCCCACUCCUGGACCCCAAUACCGUCAAUAUUUCGGCAGGAUGGAGUUAAUCGCAGGUACGACCCGGUCAGGCUCGGCCGCAAGUGUCUUGGCCGCGGAGGCAUUACGACUGACAUCCAGGCUACCUCCUCUAUCGACUUGGACGACGACCUUUGUCACUUGACGGAGAGAGAGUCAUACGUACCGCGCAUCUUUGGCUUUCGCUUGGAAUGUAAGCUACGCAAGCAAGACGUAACGACGCAACAAAGAAGUGAACAGAAAGAUAACUCUACGCGGCUGUGUGCAACCAGACCGUCGAAAGGCAAAUCCCUUACUGGGACAAGCUUCAAGGGAGCGGUCACGACAAAAAUUUGUUUUUGGAAGAGCUGUGGCGUGGCACGCUUCAUUCGAGGAAGAUUUUUUGUAGCGGUGUGCUUUUUUAAGAAGAGAAACGCAGAGAGUGAUCAAUAACUUUAGAUCCCCUUCGCGAAGGUCUCGAUGUAAAUUAAAACAAUAAGUUGAAUAUUUUAGAGCCCACCAGACAAAUUCCCUCGCAAAAAUUAAUACAAUAAAAAUAAAAGAAGUGUUUAGUGUC